AUGGAGGAUGUGUGCAGAGAUUUAACAAGUAAUGUGCAAGUUAAAUUAUACAAGGAUAGUAUGUAUGACAUAAAGGAUGAAGAGGAAGAUGUAGGAUCAUCAGGACUGUCAAAUGGAGGAGAUUUUCUCCCCUUUGUAUGUGAUGGCUGUUCAGGUGUCUUUUGCCUUCAGCACAGGAGCCGGGAUGCUCAUGAGUGUUCUGAGGUGAAUAUAAGAAGCAGUUCUGAGAAACCAGAUCAGCACAGAUCUUACCCAUGCUCAUACAAGAACUGCAAUGGAAAGGAGCUUUUCCCAGUUUUAUGUCCUUAUUGUGAAAAACAUUUUUGUCUAAGACACCGGCAUCAAUCAGACCAUGAGUGUGAGAAACUGGACACACCAAAACCUCAAAUGGCUGCCACCCAGCAGCUAGUGAAACAUAUUAUAGAUUCUAGAAAAAGUGAGGAAGCAAAAAGCAAAAAACGUAAAGGAGCAAAAAACAGUGAGACAGCAGCAAAAGUGGCAUUAAUGAAACUGAAAAUGCAUGCGUGUGGGGACAAGUCCUUGCCUCAGACAGAAAGAAUUUACUUUCAAGUAUUUCUACCAAAGGGGAACAAAGAGAAAAGCAUGCCCAUGUUCUUUUGCAGUAAGUGGAGUAUUGGGAAAGUAGUAGACGUUGCAGCUUCCUUAGCAAGCCUUAAAAAUGACAACAACAAAUCAACAGCCCAGAAAUUGAGAUUAUGCCAUACUGCCUCUGGAGAAGCCUUGCCAUUUGAGCACAUAUUGGAAACACGGCUAUCUGAUAAAGACUAUCCAUUGUACAAUGGUGGAAACAUAAUUUUAGAGUAUCUUGAUAAUGAUGUUCUGUUUAUAGAAGAUCCGGAGUCGUACUUUAGUUAAUCAGUAAAUUAUCACUAAGAAAAAAAAAUAAAAUAUUUUUUAGAAGUGUGGUAUUCAAACCGAGUCCAGUUU